UUGGCCACGUACGUGUGUAUUAUGUAGUGCGGACAGCCCGAGCUAGCAAGUACCAGAGUAGUCAGAGUUCUUCGCCCAGGCAGUCAGCUGCAUUUGGCCUCAGUGUGGACGUUGGAUAACUUCUAGUUUUGGUGACGGCCUUUUAAGUAAAGGCGCACCGACUUUUGGAGUUGUUGGUUGGACAGCAAUUAAGAUUGCUUUUAGCAGUUUCCAGAGUUUGCAUUGUUUUGCAACGCUUGGAAACGUUAAAGACCACCACAAUGUUAGCAUUUGAAUUUCCGUGUGGAGAGGUCGGCCUUGGAGGGGUCUCAGGGAUCACCUCCAAGCUUGCUGAGCUGAAAACCUUUCAUGAAAAUUUCAAGCUGAACACAUCCUCAGCAAUGCCGGAGCGUAUCGAUGAGAAGAGACCAGCAAGACCAACGACGCUGGACACGGGACACAAUCUCAGGAAAGAAACUACUGCCACACAGCCCAUGUUGAUCCAAGGGAAGGACACCUCUACAGCCAAGCGCCAAAGAAGAAACAAGAAGAAACGCACAAGGGCAUCAGAUAGCUUCAGUGGCAGAUUCAAAGACAUGUACCAUCUGAAGGAUGACAUCUUGGGAGAUGGUGCACACGCCCGUGUCCAGACAUGCCUCCACCUCCUGACUGGGAAAGAGUUCGCUGCAAAGAUCAUCGAGAAAAGACCAGGCUACACAAGAUCACGGGUCUUCAAGGAGGUGGAAACCCUGUACCAGUGCCAGGGACAUAAUAACAUCAUCGAGCUAAUUGAGUUCUUUGAGGAGGAGGACAGAUUCAUCCUUGUGUUCGAAAAGCUGAGAGGAGGACAACUUCUGGAUCAUAUCCAGAGAAAACAGCACUUUGACGAGCGGGAAGCAGCAUACGUCACAAGGGACAUUGCCAGUGCCCUAAACUACCUCCAUUCUAAAGGCAUUGCCCAUCGUGACCUGAAGCCCGAGAACAUCUUGUGUGUGCUGGAAGACGAAGUGUCGCCCGUCAAGAUCUGUGACUUUGACCUCGGCAGUGGCAUCUCCUACAGCGACACCCCAGUCACAACUCCUGACCUGUACACACCAGUGGGGUCAGCAGAGUACAUGGCACCAGAAGUGGUGGAAACAUUCAACAACGACGCAGCCUCUGUGUACGACAAGCGCUGUGACAUGUGGAGCCUGGGGGUCAUUGUAUACAUCAUGUUAAGUGGGAGACCUCCGUUCUAUGGGCAGUGUGGUAGUGACUGUGGCUGGGAGAAGGGAGAGGCCUGUAUGGCUUGUCAGAACAUGUUGUUUGAGCGGAUAGGACAGGGUCACUAUGAGUUCCCUGACCCUGAGUGGAACCACAUCUCUGACCAGGCUAAGGACCUGAUCUCCCACCUGCUGGUGAAGGAAGCCAAGUCUCGCUACAGCGCCUCCCAGGUGCUGAACCACCCAUGGGUCGUAGGAGAUGCCCCCAAGCUGCCGCUACCAACUCCUGUACUCCUGAAGAGGAACUCCAGUGCUCGUGACCUGACACAAUUUGCUGCCGAGGCCGUGGCCUUCAACCGCAUGAUGUCACUCUCGUUCCACCAGGAGACCGCGGAGGAGGCGUCGCCAGGAACCAGCACGGGAACUGUCGUCUGCAAGCUGUCACCUCCCGGGGAGUCUGCCUUGGCUCAGAGACGGAAACAGUCACAAACACGCAACAGAAGCCAGGACUCCCAGGGGGAGGCAGCAGAGCCAUCAUCAUCACCGCCUGACCAAUCUUGUGACAGGAAGACUUGAAGUGGCUUCCAUCCCCUUUUUCAACAUUUAGGGGUAUUUUAAAGUUUAAAAUUGUGAUUUUUAUUUGAAUACUUCAGUGCAAAUAAUGGUUAUUGUAUGACGUGAGAACACGGCAAUCAUGUGAAGCUCCUAGAGCUUGAGAUUACUUCCAAGGGGCCAAUGAAGACAAAAGUGAACAGCCUGGUACCUAGAGCUUGCUGGGCUUUGGUUCUCAAGUGUUCAGGAAAGAUUUUAUGCUUCCUAUUUAGGAGGACAAUAGAUUGACAAGAACCAGAGAAAGAUUUUUGUAGUGUGUAUCUGUUUGUGUCACUCAUCAAGGGGAAAUGUUUUGAUGGAGGGGUGAUGACAAAUAUCUUAUCAAUGACAAACAUUCCUGGGUUCUGUCAACCAAAGUCAGGCAACCCCAACAAGGCUGGGAUUCAGCAAAUGAACGCUCCUGUAUGAAAACUUAUUUUUUAUGAUCAAAGUUAGUACAACAAGGAACACAAAAGAUUCUGAUAAAUGUUACUUGUAGGAUAUAUAUUGAUUACAGAGUUUUAUCUUGCUCUUGAAUAUCAACAUUAGGGGAUACAAGGCCAUUGUUUUAAGUGAGAUUUUGGCCAGUAAAAGACUUUAAGAUUAUUAUAUAAGGGACUUGAGACCUAUAUCAGACAAGUCACUGGCAAACAAUCCAUUUAGAACAGGAGAAAAUGACUCAGUAACCUUUUACCAUUGAGUUAGUUUCCAACAUGGCUGCUUCCCUUGGACCAAAAUGGUUACUGGCUCAAGGUCAAAUGUGUCAGCAAGGAUAAAGCCAAUAUGGAGAUAUGUCAUGACAAUAGAGACGUGCAAUAAUACCCCCAGUGGUAUGGAGUUGUUAAUCUAGAAAAGAUGUGUGUAAACCCUUGAAACUUGUGAAAAGUACAUAAGAAGUGAUUCUUCUUUGAGACAUGCUUUCUAUAAAUAUGGAAACAUGAUGCCCACAUUUUCUUAUAAUAACCAAGACUUCUCAGGACUUUAUAGAAAUACCCUUUUGAUUUGUAUUCAUGUUGCUAUGCAAGGACAAGAUGUGACUAUUGUCACAUUUCUGUGAACUGCACUGUGGUGACAAUAUUCUCUUCAAAGUGAGACAAGGCACACAUUCUGUGUCCCAAUUCUUUUAUAGAGCUCAGUGGCUUGUGUGUAACUCAGAAGAUACUAGAGACUGGUCCGUUUGUUGGUGAGUCGGGUGAGUUGGAGGUGGAGAAUUUGUAAGUGAAAAUGUGUACGACUAAGCAGUUAAGUUGUCUUCAGGGCCAAAACCAAAACUUUUUCCCAAGAGGUUUGUUUAUGUUUUGCCCAGAAAAGCCAGAAGAAUGGUUCGCACUAAUACUUGUGUGUUACUGCAGUUUGUUGACCAGUCUUCAGAAUCUUUAGAGUUACAACAUGAGCUCAAAGCUCUUUAGGAUCACCCUUGUAAUGAUUACAAAAAAAAAGCACAUGUGCCAUCAAGAAAUUACAACAAAUUGUACAUUUAGUUACUUCAGGCAAAGCACCGAUAGCCAAACACUGAUAUUCCUUUUCAAAUCGAGCAGCAUUAUUAGAGAUAUGCUGUCACUGGAAUAGAAUGCAUGAUAUCUGCAAAGUCCCUGAAACAAAAUUAUGAUUUAACUGAUCAACAAAAUUCAACAUUGUAUUCAGGUUUACAAAGGAUAUCAUCAUCUAAAUAAUAGAUAUCAAAAGUAUGUGUUCCAAAAGGCUUUAUUUAUCUCAAUGUAUUAGGGAAAGGAAAGAGUUUAGAUUGAUGAAAAAAGUACAUGUUAAUUCAUUGUCAAAGUCAUUGCAUUUUUAUUGUAUGUGUCAUGCUAUAUUUGAAAUGGAUGGAUUUUAUCAUAAUACAAAUACAAAUGUAUUUCGAGGGAUUCCAAACAGUGUUAUUACCCAACAGUUUGAGCAAAAUGAUGGUGAAAUGUGCUGAAUGUAAAAAGUGUGUAUUGUCUCUACACAUGUGCAUAUCCACCAAUGUACGUGUAAGGCUGUGUUACAAACGUAACGUUACCUGCAGAGCAUUUCAAUAUAUGAGGGUGCUUAUGACGGAUGGAAAUUUGAUGGCAAAAUUGAUAUGUUUUCCAUAGCUGAUAUAUUCUUAAGUUGCUUCCUUGACUUUUAAAACAGAUGUGUAAGGAUCUUCCAUUUGUAAAGUGUUGCAUAAUAGAUGUGGUAGUUUUAAUCUUCCAAAUGAGUUUGAAGUCCUGUUUUAACCUUUGUGAUUAAGUACAUGGUGAAACAAGUGUACCCAGUUAAUGACUUUCCAAAGGUGGAGCAUUGAGGUGCAGAAUUGUUUUUUCUUUUUGCGAAUGAAAUUACUACGACUUUCUGUAUUGUGAUCUUGGUGCUCAUGAUCAGAUUUUGUCCAAUUUUUGUAAAGCCAAGCCACCCACUGCCUGCUUUUGGGACUGUCCCAUUCAAAUAUCUUAUGAUGGGUGGUCAGGAAUAGCCAUUCAAUGUUGAGUAGAAUCAACCUGACCACCCCAUGUACAUUUUGAAUGGAGUAUUCCUUUGGUACAUGUUUUUGUCUAUAACUAUGUGAAGGAAGCACUUAAACAUGAGAUUCUAUGUGCCAUUUUGUAUACAGCUUUAGGGUAAACGUAUUGUGCAGUUUUAAAGGUAUAUGUUGUAACAAACAGCUCCUGCCAUGUUGACUCGCACAAGAUAACACCUUCUAAUUGGUCAUAGUUGUAAAUGAACUGAAAGGAGAUACUUGCUAAACCUAUCAGAGCAUAGAUAACAAGUUGUUAGAACAUUUUUACCUCUU